CCGAACUUUCCUUAUGUAUAUGAAUUUGUAAAAAAAGUGACGCAGGCAGUCUUCACAAAAUUUGUUUAUUUGAAAUUGUGUUUAUGAAAAAACAACAAAAAGUACAUUGUUUUAUUAAAUCAGUCAACAGAGUAACGAACAGACUUUGACUUUGAAAAAACACAACACUCUUACCAAGAUCUUAUUUUACUUUGACUAACAAAAAUGGAACCCAGCCCAGGUAGAGCUCCAUUUGAUGUCGACGAUGAUUUUACACCAUUACGGAAGCCGCAUACUCGAGAAAUAAAAAAAGCAACUUUGACGACAUCCACUCCACCAAGGAGUCUUUCAAAACUAUCCCCAACGGCUCAAGUUUUUGUUCCAAAAUCAAAAGAUGAUAAUUCUGUCUACCAAUCGGGUUCUCCCCAAAGACCAGUAACUCCAGCCCAAAUUAUAAUUCAACCAAACUCAGUAAAUAAUCGAUUGCUUCGAAUUCAGCAUCCUGAAGUUUACGCUGCUGCUGUGAAUUGUAAUUCCAAUCAGCCCAAUAUGGCUUCACUUACUUGUUCACUACAAAAAAGUUUCAGCAUCCAGGAUAAAUCACAGUCAGAUCUUAACUCAAACUAUUUGCAGCCUACAGAUGUGGAAACCAUCGCCUUGAAUUAUUUAGCAACGGUGAUUCAAUGCCUGAACGAUAAUCCAGGUUCAUUUGACACAGUUGCCACGAGAUUUUUAACCAUCUUUGACGGAUUGGAAAACAACGAAUAUGUUUUGAGUAAUGCCAUGGAAGAUAUAUUCAACGAAUCAAUUGAGAAUCCGAAUUUCAGAUAUAUGGGGGCAAAGCUCUAUAAUCUUCUUCACAUGCUAAAUUUAAGAGAUGAUUCUCUUUUUUACAAUCUCCUCAAGUGUAAACUUGAGUAUCAGCAAUCGGAAGUCAUGGAUUUCAUGAAAGUCAACUCCGAACAAAAAGUCAGAGAAACUGCACUGUUUCUUGCUGAGCUUUAUAUGCAACUACGGGGAGACGACACUCGAAUAAAAUUAAUAGCUGAAAAUAUUGUUUUUUCUUUAAAGCAAUUGAUGACAAAAGUUUCAAAUGAUAAUAUUCGGUGCAUAUGUUUGACAUUAAAAUUAGCUGGAUAUGAUUUAGAUUCGGAUUUUAAAAACGAUGUCAAUUUGAUAAUGGAAAAACUAGCAGCAAUUAACAAAGACAAGCCAGGAAAAUACCCUCUUGUUAAAAAUGUUAUUUCCCUAAAGAAUAACAAUUGGGGAAGAACAAUGUUUCAGGAAAAUACAAAUACUUUAAGUCAGGUAAAUGAUUUGAAUGGCGAAGCACUAAACGAACCAACUUUUUAUGGUCCUGAUGGGAAAAUCAUGACCAAAGAAGAAAGCCAGUUUUUAGCUGCAAGCCUCCCUAAAACCCCAUCAACGACGGAAGACGACGAUGAAUAUGAUUUAGAGGUGGACUUGGAUCCAGAAAUGGAUGAAGAAACGGAGAAAGCAUAUCGUACAUUUUGUAAGCUCAAUAAAAAAUCAACAACUAUUUAAAUUCAUUAAUCUUCGAAGGCUCGCUUACUCAAUAAUUUGUCCCUAAAUGUUUUCGUAUUAUUUAUUUUUUAAAGUACAUAAUGUAAAAAAAAAAAAACAAAAACUUUUUCACUGUGCAAAUAUUUAUUUUUGUAUGUUUCGAUAAUUAUUUAAUGACAAAAACCGAUAGUUAUUAAACUUAUUUUAAAAAAAUGUUUGUUGCUCAUCAUUCAUAUUGUGUUAAGGUAUUUUAAUGAUUCACCCACUUAAAUCAUGCAAGUUUUCUCUGGAAAUAUAUCCCUCCCUAUUCUGCUAUCCAUCGGGGGGAAUAAUCUCUAAAUAUUCACCAAUUGCCAUUCUGCUUUUCAUCGGGGGGGAAUCCAAACUCACGUCGCACAAUGGGGCAAAAUGGCAAAAAGGUGGCAUUAAAUCAACCAAUAGAGCUAGACACUUGAAAUUUGGAACAAGUAUUACUGAUGUCGAAUUCCUUUCAAUUGAAAAAUCGGCGAUCUAGAAGCGAAUUUUUUCUGAAAAUCAUGUUCCAUAGAAAACAAAUUCGCCUCAAACGAAGCAGAAUUCGAAUUUUUUUUAAUCCCUCUUUUUUGAGAGAUUUACACGGAAUUGCACACACACUUGGAACAUUUGACAUUUCUCAAACGUCAAGCUGAAAGUUUUCUUCGUAUUGUUUGUUUAUUUGAGAACACCAACUUCAAAUAAUGAGUAAAUUUUAAUUGAAUAUCGUAUUUUUAUUGCGGAAAAAUAUGAAAUAAAUAAAAUGUGCGAUCAAAAUAUAUUUUUUCCUGGCAUAGUUCUUGUGAAAAAGUCAAAUUACUGUGACUUUUCUUCUCGUAAUUGUCGUCAGAAAAUUUUUUCUCUGAAAACCACAGCAUACGGCCAAAAUAAUAACCUUCUACUUCAUCUUCACUCAAAUCUUAAUAAUAACUGCAAUUUCCCUUUGAUUAUGAUUAAAAUAAAUCUAUAUUACCGAAGAAAAUAAAUAAAAUUAUUGAUCAAAGGAAUCUCUGGUUUUAUUUUGCAGAAAUUGUUUUGGUUUUAGCUUGACGUUCGUGUAAAAAUUGUUGUCAAAUGACACACAUACAAUCGCAAAAAGAAUUCGGUCUGUUUUCAUGUUCCUUUUUAACACCAAAAAUUCGAUUUUUUUGAGGCGAUUCAAAAAAUUGGAAGGAAUUCGACAUGAUACAAAUUUAGGUUCAUAGCCAAAAUAUCGAAUGGCCACACCCAUUUUUAGGGUUACCACCCAUACACUUUUUUUAAGAUUUUCGAAAUUUCUCGGAAAAUCCUCAAUCAGUUUCAAGUAAACUUUGAAUGCCAUUUAUAAAAUAGUAAUGCAAUUGCAAUUAUAUAUAAAAAAAAUUAAAAUUAGGGUUGCCACUUUUGAAAUUUCUUAUGUUUUUUUUUAUUAUUUUAUUUUUAUUUUGUUUAAAUAAAAACAUUCAAUUAGUUUUUCUUAAAUAUUUUACUAUACAUAAGUACACAUUUAAUAAAUGAACCAAUUUAAUAAUUUAAAUGUCUUUAUCACUCUCAAUUUCGACUAAAAAAUGAGCAUUUAUGGAAAAUGACGUCACCAACUAAAAAUGAACAAUUCUCACAGGGUAGCAAAAAGGAGCAUAGGAAUUAAAAUAUUUUGAAUACAUAUUUUUCAUAAAAAGAAAAUUUAUUAGAACGUACUAGACCUCACUGAUUCCAUUUCAAAAAGAUUCAACUUUGUACAAGUAAUAAAUAAUUAACAGUACACAAUUUAUUGUAACAACCCAAAAUGAUAGAAAGUCGUAAAAAUUCUACCCAGAAGUGAUAUUUCUCUUCCUUAGAGACAAUCUCCUGAAUUACACGUGGUUUAAAUAAAUUUUUUCUCUCUCAUUUCUGAUUCUCUAUUAUUUUUCAAAGAGUAAUAGUUGGGUUAUUCAAAACAAAGCUAAACUUUAUGAUUCGAUUAAAUGCCAGCUUUUUUGAAUUUUGCCCCAUUGUGCGUCGGUAAUAUCGGUAAUGUUGUUCGGUAUUCCACUAUUAACGUGAAUGAACGCAAUCGGCAUAAAAAAUGUUGCGGAUCUGUCACUUUUGGUUGUUAAAAAAAAAUUUAUUCACCAUCUUUAAAAUUAAGCAAAAUGCCACUUUUCAUAAAUUUUUAAUUAUUUCUUAACACAAAAUUAAAUAUUUUUUCCUUUCAAUUUACUUGACGAUCACGUGGAUGUCAAAUAGAGGCAUGAUAAUGUAGUUUACCCGAUGGAUAGCAGAAUGGCAAGGUAGAGUUAAAGUAAAUCGUAUCUGAGACUCACGUGAACAGCAGAAUAGGGCUGAUAAACUAUUAACAACACAUUGAAAACAAAAAUAAGUUUUAAUCAAAAAUAAGCCCAUCAAAAAUAUCUUUGUGGAUAUUAUAUUAGAAUGUAACUUGUGGUUUCUUUAUUUUACAUGACCCUAAUUCAAUGAACCGUUGUGUAAGAAAAUGCACUACGACAUUUCAGCAAAUUAUCUCAAAAGUUGGUGUGUUCAAUUCUCUUUUCAAAAUGGUAUAACAUUUACUACUUCUAAAAACGCAAAUUCAGUUCUGAAUUAAAUAAUAUGGAAAGACUACCGAAUAAAAAAAGUCGGAUUUCUUAAGAAAAAUAUUUUUAAUUCCGUUAUUUAUGGAAUAUUCUCAACAAUGUUAUGCCAUUUUGAAAAGAGAAUUGAACACACCAACUUUUGAGGUAAUUUGCUGAAGUGUCGUAGUGCAUUUGUUUACACAAUGGUUCAUUGAAUUAGGGUCAUGUAACAUUUGUGUUUACUUAGUUAAGCAGAAAAGUGAAACUUGCUUUGAAACUGAUGCAGAUGAGUUAAAAUUGUUGAAUGCACUUGUUAGCAGGGUUAUUCAAGGUUCCGUAGCAAAAGAAAAAAAUGAUAAAACUUAAGAUUUGAUUUCCGCUUCGUUUAGCGGGGAGGGGCAAUUUAAAAAAUUGACUUAAUUUGGAAAAUAAAUUAGGAAAAAUCAACGGUUACACCUACCACAACGUGCUUUACCAUUUUGUAAAGAUAAAAACCUAGUCUUUUACAAAAAAUUAAAAUAAAUCCAUUUUAUGAAUCCGUAACAAAAGUGUGAAAACAAAAAGUAUUCACGACUUUUAUGUCGUUUUCUUUCACUCUAUUAAGGAGUACUCUAAAUUUUUACUCCUUUUUCUGGUGUGAAAGAACAUAAUGAGAGUAAUUUUUUUUUUUUGUAAUUGUGUGUGUGACAAGGCAAAAAUGGAUAAUUUCCUUGAAAAAAAUAGUGAUAACAGGCCUAAGGAAAACAUUUUAUGAAUUAAAAAAAUAUUAAUAUUAAUAAAAUAUGAAGCAUAAUAAGCGUUCGUUAAUAAGUCUGCUUCUACACGAAGACGCAAGGCGCAGAAAUCAUCUUCAAAUUUCCUUUUGAUUUUCGUUUCGGUGUAUCACGCGCUUCCACACGUAUUAUUUUUUUGAAGACGCAAAUUUGACAGUUAUUUUAUUUGGUUUUAUUUUGUUCUUGUUAUCGUAUGACGACUUCUACAGGAAGACGUAGACGCACGAGAUGCACAUAAGAACAAGAGAGAGAGAAAGAUCGAUUUCUCCUUUGCUCUUAUGUGCAUCUUGUGCGUCUACGUCUUCUUGUAUUUAUGCAUUUAAAUACCAAAAAAAAACCCAAAAUAUACAAAAACAACAACUCCAGUGAGGUCUAUGUGCAACGAAAACUUUUGAAUAAAUUAAAAACGUUACUAUACACGCAAUUAACACACACCCUUAGUUUGAUUUUAUAAUUGUAAAAUAAAAAUAUCCCAUCAAUGCAGAAAAAAAUGGGAUUUUUUUGUAUAUGGCACAGGAUUUUUUUUUUAUUGAUGAAGAACACUGGCGGAAAAUUUUUUUUAUUCGGUUUUCAAUUUCAUUUUGGGAAAAGUGAAGAAUUAACGAAAAAAUGGAAGAAAUAUAUCUGGCGGAAUAUAAUACAGUAGAAAAUAUAUUCAUAAUGGUUGUUUUUGUUAAUAACAAAUAAGUUUGAAAGAAAAACUUUUCGCAUUUUUCAAUUUUCAAACAAAAUUUUAAAAUGUCAAACUUCAAAUUCAUAAGUGUGUGUGCAAGUCCCUGUGCAAAUCGGUGUAAAUCUGACUAAAAAUGUGGAGUAAAUCCGGGGUACUCCGUAGUACUAAAAUUACUCCGGAGUAAUUUUUUUUUUUACACUUUUGUGGCGUCAAAGAACACAAAACCUUCAAAAGUGCAAAAAUAAGUACUAAAAGGGUACUCUCAUUGGAGUGAAAGAAAACGACAUUAGUAUUAGGUAGGAAAGUAUGAACAGAUAAAAGUAUUCAAGGAAAAAAGUAUGCGCGAUAAAAGUUCGAAAAAUGGAAAACUAUUAUUUUGACUGGGUUUUGAUCUGGCAAUAGUUACAAAGAGAAAUGAGAAUUUGCGAAAACAAAUGUGUCGAUGGACAAUUCUGAUUGGUCAAAAAGAAUAAAUAGACGAAUUUAUUGUUAGAUAGGGCUGGGGUCUCAGAAAAAAAGAUAGUAUAUAUACCCCGUUUGUAUGGCGAUUUGAAUCCGAAUUGAAUCAGGAUUUAGGUCUAUAUAUACCUGAAUCGAAUUGAAUCCGGUUUUGUCGAUCCGAUCCGACUCGGGGAGCUGAAUCGAAUCGAAAAUAUGCAUAUAUACCUAACGAAUUGAAUACUCGAGAUAUAAUUUAUGGUGGAAAUUGUGUGUGAUUGUCUUCUUAUUUGCAAAUUCACUGUAUGUAUGUCUAAUGAUAUCUAGUUUUACUUGCACUUUGUUUUUGGUUAGAUUUUUCUAUUUUACUGCAAAUAUAUUCAAAAGAAAAAUUUUAUUUUCGAUUCUAUUUCAAUUCGAUUCCUCGAUCUGGUACUUCCAUAUACCUGGAUCGAAAUUUCGAUUCAGUUUCAAUUCGAUCUUUAAAUCGGUCAUACAAACGGGGUAAUAGAUAUUCAUAAGGAUAGGAGGUCUAAAUUUAAUUUUCAGUCUCGCAGCUGCGAUGAGCGAGGCAAGGUUAAGAGUGCGCUCGAUUAUUUUUUUUUUAAUUAGGGAGAGUGGAGUAUUUGUAUGGAAGGUGGACGUCCCGCGGCCAAUAUAUUGUUA